CCCCACAUAUUGAUAUCUUUCAACCUAGCUUUUGAUUUCGCCCUAGCUGCAUUCCUAAACCUAUUUGUAAGUGAAACAAAAAUCCUAUUCUUUAUCAUAAUAUCAAUCCCAGAAUAAACCUUUGCCUCAGUUAUAGCUGUAAUUCUAAGCCUAAUACCAACCUAACUCUAAUACCAACUUCAAAUCUGACCUUACCCUCAUCCAUAAUUUCAGCUAACCCCAAACUUGACCUCAGAUCCAGGCUUCACUGCAACUCUAACAUUAGCCUAAGUCCAGAACUCAGUUAACCCCGCCCUGCGCUUCAUUUUAAUGGAACCAUGGCUAUAAUCCUUUCCUUUCCAUUUCCCUCUGCUCAGUCCCCCUAGUGUUCCCUUCUUCCCACCACUGAGCACCCAGGCUUCCUUCUCAUGAGUGACUCUAGUAACCCAUAGAGUCACCAAGUCCUUUUUUUGGACCUUUCUAGGCUGAGUCAGGAUGGCUGGCCAUCUCUACUUAGGCCCCAGCAACACCAAUUGAAUCAAAUCCCUAUGUUUUCCAGGCCUCUGUUUCCUCAUCUGUAAAAUAGGGAUGAUGAUUCCUGCUCUCCAGAGGGUGCAGGACAAUCCCAUAAACCUUAAAAUAAAUACGGAAAUAAGGGUAUUCACUGUGUACCUCUCGUGGGCCCCAAGGCAUCCUGUUGUUGAAGUUCGGGGAGAGGGGUUUGAAAUACAGAAACACAUGGGCUCCUAGAACUUCCUAAUUCUUCUGUCUUAUUUUUCUCAGAAGGGCGAGUCCUGGCAGCAUCCUCCAGGCCCACAACUCUUUCUGAGAUUCUUUUCCCUCUGCCCUUCAUGAGCCCCAUGUCAGGGGUUGAGGGAGGGCCCUUGACUCCUUUGAGGGCGUCAAGCAGUUGGAUAGGGCCCCUCCUAACCUGCCUCCUGCGGGCAGUCCUGGAGCCUAGGGGAGGCCCAAGUCUGUUCUGUACCCCUGGGGCAAAUAACAAGGGCUGCCUUCUACUUUCUCCUUCUGCUGGCUGGGACCCUCCGCACAGCCCAGCUCUAGCCUGCCCAGAACUGCGCUGGUUUCCUCACUCCAAUGACCUUAGUCACCCAGACAGUCAGUCCAGGUUAUAAGGGUCUAUAUUAACCCUUCAAGCCCUGGUCGCUCUUCCUGGGCAUCGAAGCUGGUACCAAAUGACCCCUCAAAGAAGCACACAGAGACUCUUUACAGAGGCAACCCCCUCCCUUCCCACCUGUACACCCUCACUCAGGCACACAUGCACAUAGUCCUCCUGGACAUCCCCUCACCAGGACAGUUCCCUCAAUUCCCCAUCCAUUCCUUCAUGCCCUCCACACACCCUGGUCCUUCUUCUCUCAGGUCUCAGCAAACUGUUUUAACUCUGUGUGUGCAGUUAGGGCCUGGGUCCCCCAUAACACCUCUGGCUCUUGAGGCUGCCCCCAGCUGGCAUGGGUGGAAGCACAGCUGCAGGGAAGACCCUGCUCCUAUACACGCUUCUUCCCUCCUCCUUUUAACUCUGAGGCCCUGCUCCCUUUGAAGGGCCAGAGGCCUGGAGGGGAAGGCGGGCUGAGCAUUCCUGGAUCCCUUUCAUCUGCUGGGCCUGCCCUCCAGCCCAGGUGCCAGCAUGACAGAAAGGUCCACUUCCCUGCUGCACUUUUCUCAGGCUUCCACCUGCAGGGAUCCCCCUGGAGGCUCAGGAACUGGGAGAGUAUGUGGAGCCCAGUGUCCUGGGCCAAUGUUAACCCUUCCAGGCCUGUUCAGCCUUCCUCCCCCAGCCCGGCUUGUCCUUCCUUUUCCCACUUCCCCCAGGGAAGGAGACAGCAAAUGAGUGGUGAGAGGAGCUCCCUGGACGCUGUAAAAUGGGGCAACUGUUGUCACCCCAGGAUGGGGCCAGGAGGAAGUGGAUGUUUAACAGGUGCCUAAUUACAAGUCCCCCUGGUCACUCUGUGCUACUCUCAGGACAGGGAAGAGCUUGGGUGAGGGCUGGGUAAUGCCUGGGUAGGCCAUCCUGUCACCCCGCUAAUUAGGGUUACUGGGGCUCCUCCCCAAGGCGGGGACCAGGCCCCCUCCCUCCCAUAGAAAUAACGCCGGCUGCUCCCCAGCUGGGCACUCACUGCACCUUCCUGCCACCCCAGGCAGUGUCUGGGCCCUCAGCUCCCCCUCCCUCCACCUGCCCCUUCCACCCACCACCACCGGCCCACAGGAACCCAGCCCAGUUGGAGGUGACACCGAGCCAGAGAUAUGCGAGUCCGAGGAACAUUCCAUCUUCUGCUUGUGUGCCUGAGCCCAGGUAUGGGGCCGGGCAGUGGGCAGGGCAAGGGGCAGCCGGGGCUCACGGCGUGCGUGCCCACCCUCACUCCACUGCCACCCUGGUUUGGACGCUGCCAAAGGGACCUCUGCCCAGGAUAGCCAGUCUCCUGGAAGUUUGGGGCAGGAUCUUCCUGGUGUCUGAGAGCCUGUGGGGCUCACACCUGUGUGCAGGUGCCCUGCGUGCUGUGCCCAUGCCGGGACCCGGAGGACAGGGCUUGCUGGAAGUGGGGUAGGAGUCAGGUGAGCAGCAGGUCUGGGUGGGGGCUGGGGAGGAGCCUGGGAAGGAUCAGUUUCCAUCAAGACAGUCUGAUUGUGGGAGGGGCUGCUUUUCAAGGCCAGAGUUCCGGGCCGGGGCAGAGGAAUUGACAGUCCUGAGAGGCUAAGCCCAGGUGGGCCAUUUCCAUCCUGAAAGGUGACAGCUCAGGCUUGAGACCUCCAGUGUGGGUCCCUGCGCUGUGAGAAUUCCCCUUCCAGGAUGAGGCCAGAGGAAGGGGACAGAAGGCAACUCCCAGUGCCUCCUCACCUCUCUGGGGUACUCCUGAAGGGCAGGACUCAGUUUUGGAUACUGUGGCACCCUGCCCAGGCCAGGCAAGUCCCAGCAAGGGCCAUUCUGUUGUGUAUCACGGAAAUAGCUCUCUGCUGCUCCUGGGGUCUGGAUUGGGGAUGAAGGGGUGUGAGGAAGGAGUGUGGGGAGGGGACUGUGUCAGCCUGUGCGCUAUGUGUGGCUGAGGGUAUCCGGCAGGAUGCCUGUUACACUCUUUGCGUCUUGUGAGAAUAGAGCUGGCAGAGCUCACCCAGGGCGCCUGGCUAUACUCUGCGGAGCUGGGACAUGGCCAUGUGCUGUGUGGACACAUGCCACUGCACAGCUUUUUCUUUGUCUUCCUUUCCCGGCUCUUACCUCCUUAUCUGGAAGCUGCCUGAAAAUUCAAAGAGGAUUUACAAUUAUUGAGGGGACAUCCCCCUAGACAGUGCCAGCUCCGGUGGUUUUGUGCAGAGACAAUGGCCACUGUCUUCCUUGGAGAGCACCAUGUGACCCCCUAUUCUCAGCUCUCUUCCACAGUGGCUUUAUUCCUUUCUCCAGCCUCCCUCUUCCCUCUUGCUCCUUGAUUUAGGAAAGCACCUCCUCAGUGUCUCAGCGUGAGGAAGCAUGGUGACACAAUAGGAACAACUUCCUAAGAAGAGGGAGGAGGUGCAAAAGGCUGAACCCCUGGGAGGAGGCUGAGAAAGCUUCUGAGGAUGAGAAGAUGGGGUGAGGCUGGGACAAUUGAAGAAAGGCACUCAGUGCAGGGUGGAGGCAUAGCCUGUCCCUCCUCCUCAAGCCCCUUUCUCUGAAUCCUCCCGCUCCUGCCUGCCUGGCCUCCGCGGUGUGUGGGAGGAAUCCUCCCUGCUGCCGGCUGUUCCAGUGGCUCCGCCGCAGGGUGGGGCCUUUGCUCUCACCUGAGUUCUGGCUCAUCCUUGGCCUCCCUUGUACUGCACUGGAUCUGGCAGAUAGCAUUAGGAUCCUUAUCUCAGGAAUGAGCUGGUAUUCUCUUGGCCUGGGGCUGGAGGAGGCUUCACCAGGUCCCGUUAGCACCUCUGCGGCUGCCAGCAGCCAGCCGGCUGGAUCCGGGCCUCUACAGUCUAGCUGAGUUAGGGCAUGGCUGAUGGCCCAAGCAGGGUCCCAAAGGGCAAGUUCAAGGACCCCUGGGGAGCUGGAAGUGCCCUUGUUUGCCUCUCAGGAGCCAGGCUACACCUGGCAGGUAGGGCAUCUGCAGAUAUGUCUGGUCUUGAAUGAACAAACAUGAAACCAUAAGAGCGUGAAGUGGGUGUGUCUCUGGGUUCACACGUCCUGCGUUUGUCUGCAAAUGUGUAUCUGUGUUGAUAUAGACUGUCAGUGUCUGUGUGUGUAAGGAGGACUGCACAGGAAUGUAUCUGCAUUUUGAAGGCUUAAAAGGCACUGCUGUCUGCUGUACGGAUCAAUGGGGAUGGCCAGGAAGUCCUGUACCUGGCGGAAGGUGAUAAUGUGAGGCUGGGCUGCCCCUACAUCUUGGACCCUGAGGACUAUGGUCCCAAUGGGCUGGACAUUGAGUGGAUGCAGCUCAACGCAGACCCCACAUCUAGAGAGAAUGUGUUUCUUAGUUACCAGGACAAGAGGAUCAACCAUGGCAACCUCCCCCACUUGCAGCAGAGGGUCCGCUUUGCAGCUGCAGACCCCAGCCAGUAUGAUGCCUCUAUCAACCUCAUGAACCUACAGGUAUCCGAUACAGCCACCUACGAGUGCCGGGUGAAGAAGACCACCAUGGCCACCCGGAAGGUCAUUGUCACUGUCCAAGCACGCCCUGCAGUACCCAUGUGCUGGAGUGAAGGCCACAUGACAAAGGGCAACGAUGUGGUGCUGAAGUGCUUUGCCAACGGGGGCUCCCAGCCACUCUCCUACAAGUGGGCCAAGAUCAGUGGGCACAUCCACCCCUACCGAGCAGGGUCCUACCACUCCCAGCACAGCUAUCACUCUGAGCUCUCCUACCAUGAGUCCUUCCACGGCACCAUAAACCAAGGCCUGAGCAACGGGGACCUGGUGUUGAAGGACAUCUCUAAGGCAGACAAUGGGCUGUACCAGUGUACAGUGGCCAAUCACGUAGGCUACAGUGUCUGCGUGGUGGAGGUGAAGGUGUCAGACUCCAAGCGCGUGGGCAUGAUCAUCGGCGCCGUGCUGGGCUCUUUGCUCAUGCUAGCCUGCAUGGCCUUGGGCAUCUGGGGGCUCGUCGUCUGCUGCUGCGGGGGCCCCGGGUCUGGCGGCGCCCGCGGUGCCUUUGGCUACGGCAACGGCGGCGGGGUCGGCGGCGGGGCCUGCGGCGACUUGGCUAGCGAGAUCAGAGAGGACGCCUUGGCGCCCGGGUGCAAGGCCAGCGGGCGCGGCAGCCGCGUCACCCAGCUCCUGGGGUACCCGACACAGAACGUCAGCCGCUCCCUGCGCCGCAAGUACGCGCCCCCGCCCUGCGGCGGCCCGGAGGACGUGGCCCUGGAGCCCCGCGCCGCCGCCUGCGAAGCGGGCCCCUCCCCGGUCUACGUCCAGGUCAAGAGCGCCGCGCCGGCCGAGGGCGCCGAGGGGCUGCAGCAGUGCAAAGACGGGCUCUUGGUGUGAGCGCGCGCGCCGGGCUGCGCCCCGGCAGGGACAGAGCGCGGGGCUCUCCGCCCGCAGCCGGGGACGCGUUCGGGCCUGUGCGCACCUCGCUCUCUCCCCGCAGGCUGCCUGGCAGCUGGGGGUCGGGGAGGUUGGCUGAGGGAUUUCUUUAGGGGAAAAGAGUAGGGAAGCACAGCCUCCUCCCCCAAAGCGGGAGGGGGCCGGGAGGGACGGAGGAAGGCAGUCCUGAGCCCUCCUGCACCCCCAGGCUCCAACGCUCGGUGCGAGAGUGGGAGGAGAAGCUUAGUCCGUAUGAGAGAGCGGCCCAGGCGCAGGCCGGGCGUCCCCAGUCAAAGCGGAGGGUCCCGGGCCAGGUGGGUGGGGGUCUGGACUAAAUUGUUCGGUGUGUUAGAUCUGAGCUCCAGGCAACAGUGUUAGCACAAUAAAGAAGCUUUAAGACUUGA